CUCUCACACCCGACAUUACAACAACAAGGCAGGCGAGCCGAGCUGGGACGGAGAGAGGCGACGGCACCAGGAGAGUAAACAGGUAGAAGAAGAAAGCUCUGGUGGCGACACCCCGGCUUCAGCUUAUACGAAAUCCGAGAGCUGUCACCACACAAGAAGUGUGUGAAAUAAAUUAUAUUGGAAACCACGAGCAGAUCUACAGAUGAAGCGGAUGUUGUAGAGGGGGAACUCCAUCCCCCAGUUACGGCAGGGACAGAUUUAGGUGUUUUGGUGAAUCCAGAAUGGAGAAGGUUUGAGGAAGUUUUCUCCUCAGGUGAGUCCUGAGUUGUGAUACUAAGCUCUCCAGAGCUCAGGUUCUUCAGAGCCCACCCUGCUAGUAAUAUGAACCAUGGACUCUGGGGCAGUUGAUAGUCCUGUAACCCUGGUCAUUAAGGCCCCCAACCAGAAGUAUGAAGACCAGACCAUUAACUGCUUCCUCAACUGGACCGUGGAGAGGCUGAAGAGUCACAUCUCCAACGUGUACCCCAGCAAGCCGCUGUCCAAAGACCAGCGGCUGGUGUACUCAGGAAGGCUCCUUCAAGACCACCUGCAGCUCAGAGAUGUGCUUAGAAAGCAGGAUGAAUACCACAUGAUGCAUCUAGUGUGUGCCUCGCACAGUCCCCCAGGCUCGCCCAUGCCUCGGAGCCCCUCCAUGGCCAACUCUCCUGCCUCUGACGCCAGCAGUUCAGACAGUGCCGGCUCCACCUCCCCUGCCACCAUGCCAAAUCAGGGCAGUCAGCCAGCCUCUUCCUCCUCCUCCUCCUCCUCCUCACCUUCUGUCCCAGGAAGUUAUGAUGGGCUGAGGUAUCGCGGCGGCUUCCCCCAGUACAACCCUCAGAGCCCCCCCGGUGUCCCUCAGUGGCCAGAUGGAGCCCAGGUCCCUUUACAAGGCGGCCUCCCUGCCAACGUGCCGCCUCACCCCAUGUACAUGCCCAUGCAAAUGCUGUGGUGGCAGCAGAUGUACGCUCGCCAUUACUACAUGCAAUACCAAGCAGCAGUAGCCGCCUCUCAGCCUUCCAGCACCUCCGCUCCCCCACCCCCCUCGUUCACCCCCCAUCAGCCCGCCCAUCAGCCCAAUGAAGCCGUGCAGCCCCCGCUGGGACCUAAUCCGGCCCCCAACCCUUUACCAGAGAACCAGCCAGCCAACCCCAACAUCCAGAUGAAUGCGCAGGGCGGGGCGGUGCUAAACGAUGAUGAGCUGAACCGUGAUUGGCUGGACUGGUUGUACACGGUGUCUCGCGCUGGCGUCCUGCUCAGCAUCGUCUACUUCUACUCCUCCUUUAGUCGCUUCGUCAUGGUGGUUGGCGCGAUGCUUCUCGUCUACCUGCACCAGGCUGGUUGGUUUCCCUUCAGACCGGAGCAACAGAACCUUAGAGCAGGAGAAAGGGCUGGGGCUCCUCAGGAGGAGGCAGAGAGACAUCAGGACAUACAGGAAAUGGAACGUCUGAUGGAUGAAGGGGUGGAGGACGAUGACAGCGGUGAGGAAGGGGGUGGAGGCCCUGAGGACCAGGCCCAGGCUGCUGGUGCUGCUCUCCCUGAGCCAAGCUUCCUCACCACCGCGUGGUCCUUCAUCAGCACCUUCUUCACCUCAUUAAUCCCAGAGGGACGGCCCCACCCGGCCAACUAGGUAGACCCCCUACCUCUCAAAACCCCUCUUCCUCCUGCCAGCAGGUAUAGCUCUACAGUAAAUCCCACCCUUAUCAUUAUGGUCCUAAAUACCCCAUUUACUUCAAAACUGUCUGGUCAAACACCGGUCAAAUACUCUUUUGUUCCAGACCGCCCGGUACAAACCCUGCCACUCGGCUACAAACCUCCUACAUGCUGCCAACAAACGGACGGAUAUUUAAAACAGACCACUCUGCAGUUUAAGAGCAGAUGCUGUGGAGCUCCGUGGGGGUUUAGGGGAAUAAAUGUUUAGAGUUUUUAGAAAAGAAAUAUCACGCUGUGUUAAUGGAGUAAGUGCUUCAGCAGUGAAAGUUUUUUUUUUUUUUUCCUUUCAUUGAUCGUGAAUUCAUUGAGACGUGGUGAUGGCGAGAGAUACUGGAGGGAGCUGUCUUCCAUUUUAAGAAGUGAUAAGGUCAUGUUUUUGAAACUUUUCAAAUGAGGAAUGUGACCCAGAUCACAGGAAAAAAAAAAAGGAAUCUCCCUGAAAUGACAGGGAGAUGUGUGUCCUUAACAAAUGAAAUCCACAUCCCGAAAGACAUUUUCAUGUAUGCUCUCGAUGUGCAUAUAUACAUUGCAGCUACCGAAGCACAUUGUUUUCCCACUUUGUGUAUUUACACAUGUAAUUUACUCAUGUAAGUAUAUGCAUCUUUAAUUCCUGAAUAUAUGCUUUUUUGAAUAAAAAAAUCUUGCUGCA